ACCACAAGCAACCGACAAUUUCACCUAUUCACGUCAGCUAGCCUACUCUGCUUUUCUCGGUCACCAACCUCGGUUUCCCAUCCUCCUCUCUCUCUCUCUCUCUCUCUCUCUCUCUCUCGCAUGCCCAAACAAUUCUCUUACAUCGAAAAUAUAGGCGUGAUACUGUAGAUGAUACUGAAACCACAGCAACGGCGACGCAAGACGGCAGCUAUUCUUCGAAUAUCAUCACCAGCAACGAUUUCUCACUAUAUCUCCAUCUUCUUUGGAGAAAUGCUCCGUCGCUACUUCUUUGAAUUCAAAUCUUCCACAUUGCUCCACCGUGUUCGAAUCGCCUCGCUGUUCUUCAUAUCUUUUGUUUUUUCUUAUGUCCUUCUCCAUAGCGCUCUUGAUUCUUGCCAGAUCCGACUUCCGGAGUACUUGGUCUCGUCUACCGACAUGCUCUCCUCUUCCCUGUCCUUCAACUCGUUGUCGGAGAGAGCUGAUUCUAGUCUGGAAACUGUUUUAAAGGAGGCAUCUAUGAACGACAGGACAGUUAUUUUAACUACUUUGAAUGAGGCUUGGGCCAAUCCAGAGAAUUCGAUUCUUGAUCUGUUUCUUGCAAGCUUUAGGUUUAGUCAAGAAACCAAUAGACUCUUGAAUCACUUGGUGAUUAUUGCUCUAGAUCAGAACGCAUUUGCUACUUGUAAGCGUGUUCAUACCCAUUGCUUUUCCCUCAGUAGUGAAGGAGUUGAUUUCUCUCAAGAGGCCUAUUUUAUGACCCCUGAUUACUUGAAGAUGAUGUGGCGAAGGGUUGAUUUCUUACGCUCUGUGCUUGAAAUGGGAUACAACUUUCUUUUCACUGAUGCUGAUGUCAUGUGGUUCAGGGAUCCUUUUCCUCAUUUCUAUUCGGAUGCAGAUUUUCAAAUUGCAUGUGACCAUUACUCUGGAAACUCGACUGAUGUUGAGACAAAUAUACCCAAUGGAGGAUUUAGUUUUGUGAGGUCAAAUAUCCGGUCAAUAGAGUUUUACAAGUACUGGUACUCUUCAAGAGUAAUCUAUCCAGACAUGCAUGAUCAGGAUGUUCUCAAUCGUAUCAAAUUUGAUUCAAUCCUUACAGACAUCAACCUGAAGUUGAGGUUUCUAGAUACAACGUAUUUUGGGGGAUUUUGUGAACCUAGCAAAGACUUGAAUAAAGUGUGCACAAUGCAUGCAAAUUGCUGUGUUGGUUUGGAAAACAAAGUUCAUGAUCUUAGAAUCAUGCUUCAAGAUUGGAACAACUUCAUGGCUCUUCCUCAUAGCAUGAGGUCUGAAACAAAUUUUACUUGGAGGGAUCCUAAAAACUGCAGUCUUGCUUUGCGUAGACAUCUUGAUUUGUCUGAAGAUGUAACAAGUGGAGAAACGAUCAGUUAACAUAUGCAAAGAUAAAUCUUCUAACUUAAAGACAUGAUAUUAUAGAGAGGAAGUGUGAAUGAAGGUGGUUAAGUUGUGGUUGCCUUGGGAGGGUUUGAUUCCAAGCUUUGUGGUAGGUGAUGGUGGGAAGUGUAUGAGUUUGGUAACAUCAUCAUCGUUGGUAGCAUCUAUGUUGGUGGUGGGAUUGAUCUCGUUGCAACAAUGGUGUUAUGGUGGUAGUUGGGAGUGUAAUCAAGUAACGUCAACUUCUUAGACACUUGAGACCGACUUGAAAAUAUUUGAAAUCAAUUCGAUUCAACUCGAGUGGAGCUCCAACUAGUCCGCUAUAUUGUCGAGUUAAGCUUAAACUCUGAGUCUCAAUUCUUGGCUCGUGAAUCUUUUCAGCUUGCUCGUGCUUGGGAAAAGUUAUGUUUUUACGCUUUAUUUUAUCUAUAUCUACAUUUUUCGAACGACUUACUUAUAUUUACAUAAUUAUUGUUAGUACAUAAUAAAGCUGAUCUUGAAAGUGUCGAGCUUAAUUAAAUUGCAUUAUUUUAAUACAUCAUUUAGCCUUGUCGAAAAUGUCAAUUACUUAAACAAGCUUAAUUUGAGCUCGAAAGUUAAGCUUCACUCGUGCUUGAGUCUAGUUUCAAGCUUUAAGUUUUUAUUAAGAGUUGAGCGCAUGUAUGGACUCGAUUCAGUUCGAUUACACACCUAAGAGCAUAUAUGUUGGUUACGCGAUGAAUAAACAAGGUUUACACACUCUUACAUAAAGAAUCUUGUGUUAUUGUAGAAUCCAUCGUAGAUUCCAGUAACAUGAAAUCUGUUGAAGAUGUAUUUUUGAAAGAUGUUUAAAUCUCAACUCUAAUAUAGCUUUUGAUGUUGUUGGUAUGUCUAUUUUAUACUCAUAACCCUUACUAAGGAAGAUAAACCACAAAGUAGUAGUAGAGUCGGAACGGAGAGAACCUAGGUGAUUGGUUCUUCCGUUCUUGGUCAAAAGGAAGCAUAUGAAAGUGUAAAGUGAGGUAUUUUCACAAUCAAUAUGGAUGUGGUGAUCCAGAAGUGGCUAGAGCUAUCAAUGAUGCAGUUGACUCUCUUAUAAUUAAUGUAACUAGGGAGUUAGUGGAUCUACCAAAACACAUAGGAUCAAAAUGAGUAUUGGAAACAAUGUACCAUUGAAUAAAUAGAUAUCUUUCUCUAAAGUAAUAUUAGUUGCUAAGAUUUAUGCAAAAAGAACAAUUUGAUCACUUUGAACACCUAUGUUUUGUUUGUUAGAAUGAAUUUCUGUAACGCCGUGAUUUUUACAAAAAAAAAAAAAAAAAAAUCUUUUAACAGAAAAUGCAACAAAAGUGUUAUAUUGUCUAUUUCAAAAUCUUUCAAAGUAGACCACAACGUUACAUUCGUUCAAAAACCAAACAUCCAAGACGUUUAUAAAUGUAGCGGAAGCAAAAUACAAAAGUAGAUAACCAAAAACGUGUCCAAGCGGUAUCUUUUAUUCUAAGAUCAUACUAACCACAAAUGACCCAAUCUCACCGAACCAAGCUCUUAAGCUACCUACACAAGGUAAAAGAAACAAGUAUUAGCAAAUAUGAGUUGUACACAAUCAAAGAGAAACACACAUAUCCCCUUAACGGGCUAGUUAUUUGAAACAAGUAACCAAAUAUAUUCCAUACCACAUAUCAGAUAAAACCAAGUAUAUCUAACCAUAAUGUAUAUCGCGUAUAACCGAUCAUGUAAUAUCAUCGCUUAGCAUGUAUAACCUGUAAUAUCUUAUAACAAGUAAGGUAGGUGUCCCAUAAUGAUACAUAACAUAAAAGGAAAACCGCGCUCACUACUUGUGUCUGGCUGGUCAAAUGUUGUAGGUGGUUCAUGACUUCCACUUGAAACACCAACCCAUGCCACUUUCGCUACUUUGACUAUGCAAGGUAUAAGUACUUGUGUCGUUUGAGAGUCGGUGCAAGUGGUAAAUUAACGACACCUCAUAGCUCCUACAUGAUGCUUGAUCUAGCCCUUUUAUUGCCAAACCACUCCAAUCCACAAACAUCUAAAUUUUCAUGUACUAUGUGUCACAUGGUCAAAAAGACCAUGCAACUCGUUAAUGGCUUAAGCUCUUUUCCUAUAAGGUGUAUUGCAAGCUACUAGGCCCAUAGUCCGUAUAAUGUGUAAGGUUAAGUACUAAUACUACCCUUGUCCACUAAAUUAGAAACCCAUAUAUUUAAAUCACAGAAUACGGAUCAAAUAAGAACAAAAUUUUUGGUAGGAAGGUAAAAAAGUUUUAUAUGUAUAUUUUUUUAACAAACGAAUAAAAUGAAUCAUUAGAUGAAUCAAAAGUAAGAUGAUUCAGAAAAAAAAAUGUCCCCAAAAAACACCUUCAUGGUUUAUUUUUAAGUAAAAUCAAGCAAAAAUUCAUUUUGAUGAAUUUUAGUGAAUAAUAACAAAAUCCUUGCAAAAAUGAAUCACCCAGAUGUUUUUUUGGGAUUUUUUUUGAUUCAUGUAAUGAUUCACUUUUUUGGUUCGCCAAAAACUAUGUAGAAAAAACUUCAUACCUUUUACCAAAAAUUUCCUUCUUACCCGAUCUAUAUCAUUAAAUCAUACUCCCUUGGUCUCAAUAUUAUUGUCCGCAGACAAAAAACACAUAGAUUAAGAAAACAUUAAUUACCAUUAACUUUAUACAAUAAAAUGAAAGUUCUGUCUUUACUUUGCAUUUAAUGUUCCAUUAAAUUCUUAGUUGGUUAAGUAAUAAUGAGCGGUAUUUUGGUAAAAAUGUUAUUUAAUUUUAGAAGUGGACUAUUAUUUUGGGACAAACCAAAAAGGAAAGAUGGACUAUAAUUUUGGGACGGAAGGAGUAAACCAUAUCAUAGAAUGCGAUAAUCAUAUAAUCAAGUUGAAGCAUGCAUAUACUAAAACACUCAUCAAAGCAUAGUCUUGUUUAAUUCAUUUCAUAAACCAUAGCAUAACAAUGCAUAUACCAUUAGAUAACAAAAUUAUUCAUUAUAACCGAUUUACAAGCAUCAUCAUAUGUCGUAGGUAACAAACAUAAAGCUCACAUAUUUCAACAAAUAGAUAAUAGCCUAUUACGAAUCAAUACAACCAUUUACGAAAAAGGUAGUUUUCGACUAUGUACUUGAUUUAGAAAAGUCUGACGGCUCAUCCCCAAUCCGGCUCAUCUCCAAUCUGAAUAGUUGAGAGACCUUCUCUACCAAUAGUAGAUAUACUUAUGUGUGACCGUGGAUUCCGCGGUAGCAAUAGUUCUAACUCUACAUUAUCUACAUUAAGAGAGGGGGCUCUAUCUAAUGGAGGUAUAGAUCCUUCCGAUAGUACGAUACGAUGCAACUGGAAAACUUAAUAGGCUACCGUGGCUCGCUUUGCUUUUGUUGUGAAGCUCACUGCUUUUAGUAUAGGAAAUCAGGUUCACGCCAAGCUAGGGACUACCCCGAACAAAAAACGAGGACCCUAUAAGAAUCGAGUACCAUACAAGAAAUAUGGUCCGAACAAAGGAACUAUGUGUCGCAUGUACAUGGUGUAUGUCAUGCAUUCUUAGUCAGGUUUGACGUGUUGCGUUCAUGAGUUAAAUGCUUCAGACCCGUCAUGUUUUAGCAUAGCUAUAUGUCACGUUUUAGCUAUGAGCAUGUGUUGUGUUUUAUCACAUUGGAUUGUAAUGCAGACAUAGUACGUCUCGAGUAAUGAGGGUUUAUGCGCCACAUUCGUUGUAACGGUGCAAUGAUCGAUAUCUUGAACACUAGUCGUUCCCGACCCCAUCCUAACUCUCUUUGGGGUGUUUUCAAGCACAAGGGAUAUACUCAAACAAUCCAAAUUGAUCAUGAGCAAAAAUGGAUACAACUUACACAAAAACAUCAUAUUUGUGCAAUAACUUACAAUCUACAAGUUUCUAUUGAAUCAAAAAUAGAGAAAUGAAUAAUAGAUGAAGCUCUUACUUUCUUGAACUUUUGAGAACAUCGAGAAACACAAUGAUGAGAUUGGAAACCAACCACCACGCCAACAAAAUCCACAAAAGGCACACUUAAUAACUUUUCAUUAAUAUAAAUGGAAACUCUAAUCAGAACUCAUCCUUUCUAGUUAUGGAGGUUGUAAAUAGGGUAAGAAAAUUGGCCAUUAGGGUUAGGGUUCCUUAAAUAUGCCAUAAUUUUCAUGCUAGCCCCUUAGUAUAUCAAAAUGCCCCUUAGACCCAUAUAUAGGUUGAAGGUUUAUUUAAUUACACUUUGAGUUAUGGAGGUUGUAAAUAGGGUAAGAAAAUUGGCCAUAGGGUUAGGGUUCCUUAAAUAUGCCAUAAUUUUCAUGCUAGCCCCUUAGUAUAUAGGGUCAAGGUUUAUUUAAUUACACUUUGCCCCCAAACAACAUCUGAAAACGAAGAUAAGUUUAAUCCAAAUAUAGAAAACAUAAUGGAAUGCUAACCUUGCAAACAGAAGAAAAUUUGGUUCAUUACAAUUUCAUAUGAACUAUCAUUGCAAAUUCAAUUGUGAAUGGUCCGUAUAUUCGUCAAAUGGACAUGAAGACAUCAUUUAUGAAGCGUUACUUAAUCAACGAUUUUUAGGAUGCAUAUAUUGAGCAGAUCGAUGAGUUUACGAUACCUAGAUGUGAUAACAAAUUAUGUAGACUUGUAUAUUCGUGUAGGGUUUGAAACAAGCUCUAAAAUAAUGGCAAGAUAUAUUUGACACCGGUCUUGCCUCUUUCUGUUUCACAAAAUGUAU